UGUAUGAGGCAGGAGGCGCAGGGUUAUAUGGCCCAAGGGUUGGCUGAGGGGUGUAGGAGUGGAGAGGUCGGGGUUGUAUAGCGAUUGGGAACGAGAGUUUAUCGCGCGAGGAGAAGAGGGUGGGAAACAGGAAGUCGAAAGAAGAGGGAGUGAGAGGGGAAAGGCAGGUUUGGGGCGAUGGGCGACGGCAGCGGCGGGGCGAACACCGCCGAUUCGUAUAUUGGGAGUCUUAUCAGUCUCACAUCCAAGAGUGAGAUUCGAUAUGAGGGCAUCCUUUACACCGUCGACACAGAAAAUUCGAACAUUGCUCUUCAAAAUGUUCGUUCAUUUGGGACGGAGGGUCGGAAGAAAGACGGCCUUCCCAUCCUGGCAAGUGACAAAGUUUACGAUUACAUCAUCUUUCGAGGAUCGGAUAUCAAGGAUCUACAAGUGAAGUCUUCUCCUUCUAUACAACCUCCACCACAGCCUCCAACUGACCCGGCAAUUAUCUCACUUCAGUCACAAUAUUCACAGCCGGCUCCAAUAACCCCAGCAUAUGUCCAACCACCACCAGGACCUCAGGAUGCAGGGCCUCAGUUACCAUAUCCGGGAAAUUUUCCAUCUGCUUUUCGGAGUGGAGUGCCCCCUCUUUAUCAACCAACAGCAGGUCUCGGAUCAUGGGGUCCUCCUCCUCCACCACCCGGACCGAACGGAACUGGCCUUGCGAUGCCCAUGUAUUGGCAGGGAUACUACAGGCCACCAACGGCACAACCCAUUUUGCAACAACCCCUUCACCCGCAGCCCCCGCCAUCACUUCCAAUGCCACCUGCCCCACAGGCUCAGGUUUUGCAGCAGCCUCCCCGACCAUCUCCCCCCUUGAACUUGGUCAAUUCAAUGCCACCUGUUACAAGUCAGCUGCAGCAAUCGAGUGGACCUGCUCCCAGCAGCAUGCCAGCACCAGCACCCCCUGUGUCUGGUAGUAUUCCCGCUUCAGGAACUUCCGUUUUAGUUAGUAACCCUGGACCAACUCCUGCUGUAUCUGCUACUACUUCAGCUCCAUCCUCUGUGGCACCAAAUGUUCCGUCAACCAUUGCCCCAUCUGCAGUUCAAGGAGUCAGUGCGGUUAUUACCCCAGCUGCUAAGAAUCCGCGGAGAGUUGUAGGACCAGUGCAACCAUCGCCUCCUCAAUCGCAGUCCUCAGGAGCCUCGGUUGGAACCACCUCCACUGCUACGUCAGCAUCGUCGACUUCAGCCUCUGCUACUUUGGCGCAACGGUCGCAAAGUGGAACUCAAUCACUCCCUGGAAUGCUGUCAUCAGCACCAGGAAAGAUUGGUCUAUCAAACCCACUUAAGCAAGAUCAGAAAUCAGCAGAGCCUGCCAAAUCUCAGCCUAUCAUAUCCACACCAGGACAACCUCCCCAGCAGCAAACUCAACCUCUUCUACCCUUGCCUACUUCGUCAACUCCACAAAAGCAGCUGCUUCAGGGCAAUGGGUCAGUUGGUUCCAACUACGUUCGUAGAGGGCGAGGAAGAGGAAGCGGAAGCGGACGAGGAAUCGGGCUUGCUCAACCCACGCAGCUAUUUAUGGAGGAUUUCGACUUCACUGCAAUGAAUGAAAAGUUCAACAAAGACGAGGUUUGGGGAGAGCUUGGUAAAGGUUCAGAAACCAGAGAUAAAGUUGGUGAAGUCGAAGAGGAAGAUGUAAUUGAUGGUCAUGCUGAUGAUGAGGUUGCCGACGGACCCGCGCACAAGAUUGCCCCAGACAUGCCAAAGAAGCCUGUCUAUGUAAAAGAUGAUUUUUUUGACUCCCUAUCAUGCGACGCCCUAGACCGGGAAGAAGGCCGAGCUGAGCGAACCAAGUUUUCCGAACAGCGCAAGAUUGAUACCGAGACAUUUGGUAACUUUCCUUUGAGAUCUCGAGGUGGUCGUGGUGGUCGAGGCCGAAGAGGUGGCUUCAGGGGUGGAUUUUAUGGUGGCGGGUACAUGGGCGGCAGAGGAAAUGGAUAUGGAAGGGGCCGUGGUGCCCCUCGGUCUGCCACCGCUAUCAACUAAACAAACCGCUUUCAACUAAACUAACCUGAUGGACGGCAAUUCCAUAUUUUGCUGUUACCAGCUUGUCAGUGUGACCCAUGAAGAAGGGUGUGUAUUUUGGUUUUCGUGAUGAGUUUAGCUUUAGAAGCACUAGUAGCGUUGCAAAUGGACGUCGUCAGGUAAUUCUCCAACCAUCCGGAGAGAGUGCUACCUUGUAGCAAGCAGUUCACCAGCCUCAAAUUGUAGGGAGUGAAUGCUGGGACAAGUAGGGUUAGGGUGUGCAUGGAGCUAGCUGACUGAUAAGUAGAUAAUUACUACACAGCCUUUGGGGUGAGUGUGGGUAAUAGCUCCAUUUAUCUUUACCCCACAUGGAUGGCCCAACAACUGGGUUGUUUUCUUGUUUUUCCGAAGCAGUUCUUGAUUCCCGGAACUCAUAGCUGUCGUUCAAGUACGCAGUGGGAAGGCGGGCGAUAUAGAUGUGUAAGAAACCUUGGUUCAUAGUGGUGUUAGCCCGUGAAGUGGUCGGUCUCUUCCUGGUGCAAAUGAUGCGCUUGGCAACAGUUGGACCAGGUGACGUUCAUUUGAGCUAUUUCUGGUGUACAUGAGUGUGAGUUCAAUGUGGUCAAAUUGAGCACUACCACACAAUAAAUCAUCAACUUUCCAUUGCAGUUUACCUCUUGUACUAGAAACGGUUGUCUUUGCUAGCAAGAGAAGGACAGAGGCUUAGGCAACCCUGAGCCUUUCAACCACCAGACAAAUGAAUGUACUAAGUCCAUCGAAUCAGGACGUUAAAACAGUACGUAGGAAAGAGAGUCAGACCACGUCUAUCCGGUGAGACUUCCUGAGCUAAGUGACCGCGGUAAGAUUACUCUUAUGGUAUGUAAGGACUAAGAUCUAGUAGCCUUCUUAAGUGGACAGUAGGCUCGAACAUACGAGGACAUGAACAGAGCAUGUACAACAUGACACUGAGGAAGGCUUCAAUUUUUUGCUGUGCGUUUGCAUAGCUGCAGAUCAGUUCGACGCAGAAGCACGUAAGACAGACAAUU